GUUAGGAAUCAAAAUAAUCUUUAAAAAAAUAUAUACUUUUAGAAAUUAGAACUAAGGGUCCCGCAUUUCCAACUCAGUGGAGUUUAUAUAGAAACUGUGAUCAAAUUUCAAACCAAAAAUUCCCUCUAAACCACACGCACAAAAGUGUACCGACGGCGGCGGUGGCGGUGGCGAUGGAGGGAUGGGAGAGGCUGAUCCACCUGUUCGUGACGGUGUUUAUGGCGUUUCUGCCGUCGUAUCUGGUGAAUCCGGCGAUCACCGACGUGACGGUGGCGGCGGUCUGCGGCGGCAAAGACGAGUGCUCUCUCUCCAUCUACCUCACCGGCUUCCAGCUCGCCAUAACUGGAGUGGGAUCAGCGCUGAUGAUGCCGAUGAUUGGAAAUUUAUCCGACGCUUAUGGUAGGAAGAAUUUAUUGACAUUUCCUCUGAUUCUUCAGAUUAUACCAAUAGUGAUAUUGGCUUGGAGUCGGACGACGAACUUCUUUUAUGCAUACUAUGCAAUGAAGAUAUUGACAGACAUGAUUGUGGAUGGAGGCGUUCUUUGCAUCUCGUUUAGCUAUUUGGCAGAUAAUGUUGGAGAAGGGAAUCGUGUGGGAGCAUUUGCAGCUCUAAGUGGGGUGAUGAGCAUGGCAAACGUUUGUGGUACAUUAGCUGCCGGUUUACUCUCCAUUUCUCUCAUAUUUAAGGUUGCAUCAGUUCUAGCUAUUCUUGCAGCAGUUUACAUGAGAGUGUUUCUCAAGGACUCUGUCCGCGAAAAGGAUGAUUUGCAGCCGUUGAUCUUGAGCUCGGAGGCGGACCAAACGUCCAACAAAACGGACUUCGUUCAUCAAAUCCCUUCGCCUAAACAUGUGUUUCGUCUACUCAAGAGCAGCACUACAUUUGCACUUGCAGCAUCUGUAUGUUUCUUCAAUAGUGUUGGUGAGGCUGGUGCUGGUUCUUUCUUGUUGUACUACUUGAAGGCUCGGUUCCAGUUCAACAAAGAUCAAUUCUCAUUGAUAUUUCUCAUUAUAAACGUCGGAGCAACUAUCACUAAUGUUAUUCUGAUGCCUAUAUUAGGACCUGUUAUUGGAGAACACACAUUGCUUUGUUUUGGAGUCUUCAAUGGAUUCCUUAGUAUGCUGCUUGAAAGCAUAGCAUGGGCACCUUGGGUACCUUAUCUUGCUUCAUCUUUGGGCAUGUUCUUUACUCUAUCGAGCUCUUGCAUAAGAAGCAUCAUUUCAAAACAAGUUGGCUCAAAUGAACAAGGAAUUGCACAAGGAUCUCUAUUAGCCAUAACUUCAUUAUCUAGUGUCAUAUCUCCAUUAGUCUACAGCCCCAUCUCAGCUUGGUUUCUGUCGGACAAUCCACCAUUUGAUUUCCCUGGUUUUUGUAUGUUGUGCGUCGGAUUUUCUUAUGUGAUAGCUCUGAUUCUGAGUCUAGUGAUUAAGAUUAAACCCUUCAUUUCAAAAGACACCACACAUCAAGCAUUGUGUUGAGGCAAGCCAUGGUUUGAUGGUUUUAAGGUUUGAUCAAUUUCUACGACAUUUUCCACUAAAAUUAAUGUAGUAGAAACUGCGAUAGAAAUAACUCAACGAUUACUUAAAUUUGUAGUUUUACACGAUUUUUAAAAUGUUGUAAUUACUUGAAUGUGUAGUUUUACACAAUUUGAUAGAUGUGUAACACAAAUAUACAAUGUAAAUUACAUUUUUCAACUACAUAUUAUAGAUAAUACUAUAUGUUUAAUUGCA